CCAUUCGUUACCGUUUGUCCGUUGUUGUAGCUAGCAAGUGCGCGAUGGAUCGCAGGGGUUGGAUGGAUGAUGUCGUCGGUGGUUUCGACGGCGGUGAUAACAUGCACGAUGGACAGCUGAAUGCACGGCCCCAUCAAGAAAGCACGAGCGUGGCUGCCGGCUUCGGCAUGCCGUCAACGCCCACACAGAGCAUGGCCGUGGGUGGCAGGCAUUGGUCUCCCCAAUGCUCCCAGGGCGGUGGCAGGUUGUUCGGCGCGCGGUGCUCUCUAUCUCCACCGGAGGGCGUUGACACGGAUGCCCCUUGCAAUCUGCCGAACGCAAGGCCUGUGUCCCCCGGGACUUGCGCGGAGUCAGUGAACGAUGAAGGCACGGGCGGCUUGGAAGCGGGCGACGAAGAUGGUCAGGCAGAGCAAGGAACGGUCGUUCCCAUGGUCGCAAGUUCGACGGGCGGGCAGGGUAUUGUUAACGGCCAGGGCGCGGGUGGUGGAGUGGUCGGCGGACGACCUGUGAAUGGUCGCCCGCCAGCUCAGAAGAAGCCAAAUGUCCCAUGGACGAUGGAUGAGCUGGUGAAGCUUGCGAUUUUGAUGGGUGAGGAUGAUGCCCUUAUGGCGGAUGCUAACGGCCAGCACCGAUUCAAGCAGAGGAAAGACCGGUAUGAGCGUGAAGACUGCCGCAAGAAGUGGUCUAACAUGCUAUCGACAGCCAAGCUCAUCGUCGAGAAGUGUGAGGCGUCUGGACAGCCAUCGUAUUGGGAUAUGUCUACGGAGGAACGAAAGGAGAAGAGUCUCCCGCUUUCGUUUGAGAAGGCUGUGUGGGACGCUAUGCAGUGGCAGUUAAAUCGGCCAUCGAUUAGGUGUGACAACACGAUGGCCUCAAAGAACCUUCCGGGCAUUGGAACAGAUGCAACACCGGCGGGAGGAUCGGAUGGAAGAUGCGCGGAGGAAUCGGACAAUUCUGCUAAAUCGAGGCAGACAGCCAGCGGGAAGGCGAGAAAGGAAGAUCCUGGCAGCAGCGUGCCGAGUUUGGGCAGGGCCAUGGAGGAUUCCACUCGAUCUUACUGCGAUGGCCUGGACAAAGCGGCCACCACCCUUGCCAAAGCUACCACAGACGCGGGGUGUGCAAUCGCUGCGCGGAUAGGGGACGUGGCCGAAGCAAUGCGGGGUGGCAAUAGUGUGCUAGAGUUGCUAGUGGGUGUCCUUGCUCGGAGGGGGGCGAAUGUAGGUGACGGCGGCGAAGGUCCGGCUCAUCGGUUUACGGACCCUUCGUCGAGGUGAUCAAUUUUUUUUGUCGUUUGGUUUCUUCGCGUUUGCGCUUUGAUAACU